ACUCGCUGUUCCGCUCUUCAUGCUCUUGUUUUGUAAGGCUACACAUUGCCUUUCUUCAUCACUUUCGUGUGUUUAUCGUGGGUUACCAUGCUGUGUUAUCACCAAACAUGAAUGAUGGAACAGUGUCGAAAAAGAUAGGUAAAAAACGUACAGUAGGAACUGCUACGGACUCUCAGGAUCAGCCGAUGGAUGAUUCGGGACCUGCGUCUUCUCCGAUAUCGUGUUCACAAAAAAGCGUGGAGGAUGAAACCACUGCAACGAGUUCGACUUCUUCACAAGAUUGCGAAGUUGAAGUAUUCGGUGCGAGAAAGAAUAAAAUAAGUACAAUAAAACUGCCAGCAUCGGCCAGUUCAUGGAAGGAUGAUACUUGGUGGGCUGAUGGGGACGUGCUUAUGGGGUCUCCUCUGGAGGUAUUGCGCAUAAAAUACGAUAGUGAAUUCAUUGACAAUGGCGCUGACGACGAGGAUGACUAUAAGAGGAUAUUCAAAAUGGCCAAUGUGAAGAUCGACCAAGACCUGGAAGAAAAAAUUAACAAAAAACAGGAAGAAAUGACUAAAUGGUUACCCGAGAAGUUCAACAUCGAAAAUCUGGACUUCGAAGACACAGAAAAAUUGAAAUUAAGCAUGAGCUUCCUAAUGUAUAUAAUGGAUAAAAGCAACAUGGAUCAACAAGGGUACUGGAUAUAUCAUGGAUGUAUGGCAUACCUUAAAAGACUGAAAAGUAUCUUUGAAAUGUGUUUAGCCCAACCACCUGCAAAACCUGAUGAACAGACCUUCACUUGGCUUUUCUGUACAUUUACACAGAUGCUAUCAAUUGAUUUGCCUUCCGGCGGAUGUAUGCCCCGUUCCUUGAGGGUGUGUGGUAAUGAUGUGAAAUCUAUCCCUGAUUUGCGUAUGCUGAAAGUUGAAGACAUGAAACUGAAGGGAUGUUAUGAAAUCUCUGUCGUCACUGUGAAAAAACGCACUGUGAGUGUAGUGAAAGAUCAGGAAGAACAAUCUGAUGCAGCAGGAGAUAACUUGAUAAAGCGACGUCGUCUUGACAAACUGAAAAACACAUUUUCAAGUGAUCUUCGUGGACAGCAUGCUGCCGAGUUAUUAGUUGAGCUUCCAUUUUCAGCUGUGAAAGGUUAUAACAACGACAACCUUAUCUUUGGUUUGGUCAUCCAGGCAACAAAGGUCAGUCUUACUUGUCUAAAGAUGACGAAACACCACCUGCAAGAGCUGCUUGAGGAGACAAGUGAAGUAAGUCCUUCACACAAGGCGAACAUUUUUUACACUAGGCCGUAUGAUAUGUUAUGUGCAGAGGAUCGAAAGCACUUGGUUUACAUUUUGACAACUUUGGCUAAGCUUGCUGGUCAUAUAUGAAUACUGUAGCUGAAUACUCAAGCCCUGUUCGUAUGCACAUUCCUACAAUGCUGUGUUCUUUUUUUAAAAAGGAGCUGUUGGCUCCGUGUGACAGUAUACGUUUUAAUACCAGUGUGCGUAGUCUAGCUCAUUUAUUAAUAUAAACACCUACUUCAAACGUAUCAUACGAUAUCUUGCCAACUCAUACACCAAAUGCAAUACGGUUUUUAGCAUAUUCUCAGAAAGCGUCCUGGGGACAUACCCUAAUUUGUGAUGUGUGAGAGACCAUUUUACUUAUGAUCUUGAAACUUAUUAUACCUUGGACUGAGACGUUAAUUAUGACAUAACAAACAUUAAAUUCAUAUCAAUAUGAGCUAGACUGUACAUUGUGAAAAUAAAAAAUUAACGAAGUGGCUAUGUACACAUCAGACUGCUGUGUACGCAUAAGCAAGUUGGUUGCAUGCACAGCAGAGGCAAAUUAACAUAACCGCAUCAUCAGUGCUGUCAGCUGGAGACAUUCAUUUUUGAAACUUUGUUGUUCUUGUCUUGACUUUGUGGUAUUCUCAGACUGGUCAGGAAGCAAAAAUCCUGUGCUAUUCUAUUCAACAUUUGGACCUGCUAAAUUGUUGUUUGCUGAAUCUAUCUCCUUGAUUCUUGAAACAUCAGGUGACAAUGGUCCCGUUGCGAUUUUUCUGACCCCAUUCUACAUCUGGCUAUGACCCCCAAGUAACUGAGGCGUAUGGAGCCCCGGUUUUUUAAUGGCAUGUAUGCCAUAAAACCAAAAAAAUUUCCUCCAGCCAGCGAAGUCUGCUGUGUACUCUAGACAAUGCACGUGCCUAUACAUUGUAUACACAGUAUGUUGUGUAUUCAAGAGAAAAUGUUGCUAGGAUUCACAGCAGGUAGCAUAAAAUCGGAGGCGGGGCUUUAUAAUGAGCCUAAUGAAUAUUGAUAUAAAACGCUGUGAACAUAAAAUUACUGUCUGUUGCAUAAACAGCAUGCUGUGUUCAUAUCCUCUUCCAAAAAUUAAUGUUCGUUCUUAUAUAGUGCUUUAUACGGUACUGCCUCAAAGCGCUUUACAUUCAUCCCCCAGCCUAAUCCAGAAACCUUUCUGUAGAAACCAAGAAGAGCCCAGUCCGUGCUGCUCUUGGACAUUUCAGGCCAGUUGAAAGUACUGAGUGGCACUGGCUGAGCCUCAAACCCAGCACCUUCCGAUGACAAAUCAGACGCUCUUUCACUGUACCACUGCGCUUCCCGCGUACCUCUCAUUGGAAAUUUUACCUCUGGUGUCCCUGUGAUCUCAGCAUGUUUUUGGUUAUUGAAACUGGCCUCUGGCGAAACCUGGAAGCUGCACUAUUUCCUGGUAGGUUGUAUUACAUACAUUGUGUUACCUCAACAUAAUCAUCAUAUUUUGAUAAAUAAAAAUUAAAAUGAAUUCAUUUGAUAUAUCA